AUGGCGUCUACAUCGGAAGGGAACUUGCAUCGUCAACAACACCAGCACCAGCAUCGUGGGCGGAUCCCCACGGGCAGAAUCAGCGGCUCCGGCUCCGGGUUGCCGCCUCCAGCCAACGACACCACAACCACUACCACCACGGCGACCACUGCCAGCGCUACUCUUCCUUCUGCCACCGAUCUCCCCUCAUCGACGUUUCGCACGGUCAGCACGAUCCCGUCCGCCCCCGUCCCCGUCCCUCCUUUCUCCGUCUGUGGUCACGAGGGUGGUUUUGUCCAGCCCUCCUCUUACCUCCGAUCGCGACCUCUCUCAUAUCCAAUGCCCCCAUCCCAGCCUGAAAGGGCGAUCGAUCGGGAAGAGCGCCAGGGCCUACGUGCCAUCCGCAACUUCCUCAAGGUCCGCACCAGCUAUGAUGUCCUUCCUUUAAGUUUCCGGCUCAUCGUCUUCGACACCGCCUUGACAGUGAAAGAGAGCCUAAAUAUCCUCACUCAGAAUGGAAUUGUUUCGGCGCCGCUAUGGGACUCGAAGUCGUCCACCUUCGCCGGCCUUCUCACUACGUCCGAUUACAUCAAUGUCAUUCAAUAUUACUUCCAAAAUCCCGCCGCCUUAGAUAAAAUAGACCAACUCCGCUUGGAUAGCCUUCGAGAGGUGGAACGGGCAUUGGAUGUCGCCCCGCCAGAGACUAUCUCCAUUGACCCAGAGCGACCGUUGUACGAGGCGUGCCGGCGUAUGCUCGAGUCCCGAGCUCGAAGGAUUCCGCUUGUUACCAACGAUAGCCAGACAGAUCGACAUCUCGUCCUCAGCGUCAUAACCCAGUAUCGUAUUCUCAAAUUCGUGGCCGUGAACGUUAGCGAUACACAAAAAUUGCGGAAGCCGCUCGGGGAGAUAAGACUGGGGUCGUACCAUGAUAUCGCGACCGCUUCCAUGGACACGCCGGUCAUUGAUGUGAUUCAUAUACUGGUCCAGCGGAGUAUAUCUAGUGUGCCCAUUGUGAACUCAGAAGGUGUCGUAUACAACGUUUUCGAAUCGGUAGAUGUUGUUACUCUAAUCAAAGGCGGGGUAUAUGACGAUUUGAGCCUUACAGUAGGCGAAGCAUUGAAGAAGCGGUCCCCGGAUUUCCCUGGAAUCUAUACCUGCUCUUUGAACGACGGUUUAGACACUAUUUUUGAUACAAUUCGCAAGUCCCGCGUGCAUCGACUGGUUGUAGUAGACGACAAUUUCCGAUUAAAAGGCGUUCUUACACUGAGCGACAUUUUACAGUAUAUCCUGCUAGAAGGCGAAGGUGAUGAAUGUUAAUGAUCUAGGGCUUCUCCAGGUCUUCACUUAACGCAACUUGCAUCGGAACGGCGUUUUUUGUUUUCUGUACAGGUCAGUCCGUCAACGGCGAAUGGCUGGUUCAUUCGGGAAGUUCCCAUAUUCGGGCCUGCUGCUCGAAGA